AAGGCAUUCAUCAUAAUUGUCGCAUGUCAAGUAUGUGUUGUAUACGUAUGUAUGUCUAUGUCGGGGACAGGUCGGGGACAGGGAGUGUGCUUUCUGUCGGUCAGUAGCUGUUGCGUGGUAGACAAAGCUGCAUACGCACAGACAGACGCGUCAUCAGGCCAGACGGAGAGCUGGCAGUUUAUGUCUUUCACACUGAAAAUGUCCUCUGUCAGCAAUCGUCAGAACCAUAACACCUUAACACAUGUGGAUGACAGAAGGUCGCAUCCCAAUCAGCCCCCAGACCCUAUUACAACGAACGCUACAAACACAUCUAUCUCGUUAGCGAAUGACCGGAAAAAAAGCCGUGCCUCGUCGAUGUCGAUCGUUGGGGCAGUCAUGCCAAGCCACGGUCCUCCAGCGGGCCUGAAACGCAUGCAUGCCAUUAUGGACAUCUACCGGUGCGCAUGUUUUGUGCUUUUCCCACUGACUGACCUUCUGGGUCUCUCGAUCGCUUUCUGUUGAGUACUGGGGGAAUGGCAAGUCCGUCCCCCUGGCAGUUGACGCAAGUUACUAUUCCCAAUCCGUUGCACGUGGGGCACGUGUACCGCCGGCAGUCCUCGUCCGCCUCCUCUAUGUUGCCGCCACCCCUCUGCCACACAUACACAAGGCACACCACACCCACGAAUCCUAUGAAUGAGUCUCCCUCCCACGUUGCGCGUUCCUUCGCACAGAUGAAUGAAAGAGUCCACGUACGUACCUUCAUCAAGACGAAUCGGUUUCCAUGGCAGUUGCCACACACAAGUGCCCCGCUUCCCUUGCCUGGCGGGCAGCAGCAGGCAAUUGUUGAUGAAUGUGUGUUAUGGUUCGCACUGUGGCGCCCUUCUGGUGACUGUCUGCUUACAGAAUGCGCAGUUGUCCCGCGACUUGACCUUCUCGGCCUUGAGCAUUAUGGCCGUCAGCGAUCCCGCCACCCCCACGGAGCCUCCCACCCACGCAGCAGACGCCCCAACGCGACGAAUGUCCUCAUUCGCCGCUGGAUUGAUCACCUGCAACCACACCAUUGCAUGAGAGCACACACAGUGAAGACGUGUGUCGGCUUGUCGUCUCACCUCGAGGAAGGCCCAGAUGUCUUGCAGGAGGUGCUCAGGGUUCAGGUCAGGUGGGAAGUCGAAGAGAGAAGCAUAUCGUCGUGUGGACGAGGCGCCUAGCCUCCGCAAGGGGGAGAGAGUAGAGAUCUGUGAUCGGCGCACCGCUGGCGGGAUGAACGCUGAAAAGACUGCCGGGAGGAUGGAGACGAAACAGACGAGAAGCAUGGCUAUGUGCAUCGCCAACACUCUCGCAGUGUGUGUGUCGUCCCCUGCGUCUUCCCUUUUCC